UAACGAUGGCGUUCUCGGCGGAUCCGACCGCACAGCCCUACGUCGUUGAGGAUUGCCGCGGGGUGCUGCAGCUUCUCAGCGACGGCACAGUCGUGCGCUCUGCGGCCUUGCCCUUCCCUGUCGACGGCAACGUCGCAUAUAACGACCACGGCCGUGUCGAGUGGAAGGACGCCGUGUACGACGCCGGCCUCGGCCUCGGCCUUCGCAUGUACAAGCCGACGACGAACGCCAGAGAGGAGGGCAAGAAGCUCCCCGUGCUCGUCUACUUCCACGGCGGGGGCUUCUGCAUUGGCUCCUGCACGUGGCCCAACUUCCAGGCCGCCUGCCUCCGCCUCGCCGCCGAGCUCCCCGCCGUUGUACUCUCCUUCGACUACCGCCUCGCCCCCGAGCACCGCCUUCCCGCUGCCCACGAGGACGCCGCAGCGGCCCUCCUCUGGCUACAGAACCAGCUCGCUUCGGACCCGUGGCUCGCCGACGCGGCCGACCCACGCAGGGUGUUCGUCUCCGGCGAGUCUGCCGGUGGCAACAUCGCGCACCACCUUGCCCUCCGGUUCGGCAGGGCAGGACUGGACCCAAUGAGGAUCGAGGGGUACAUCCUGCUCAUGCCGGCAUUCUGCUCGGAGCAGCCGACGCAGUCCGAGCUUGACUCACCGGCGACGGCGUUCCUGACGAGGGAAACCUGCGACAGGUACUGCCGCCUCUUCCUGCCCGCCGGAGCGAACAAGGACCACCCGCUGGUGAACCCGCUCGGGCCGGACAGCCCAGGCCUUGAGGCGUUGGACGUCGGCCGCGUGCUCGUCGUGGCCGCGGAGGGCGACCUGCUGAGGGACAAGAACGUGGAGUACGCGGAGCGGCUGAGGGCGGCGCGGGGGAAGGAGAAGGAUGACGUCGAGCUCGUCGUGUUCGCCGGCGAGGAGCACGCGUUCUUCGGGGUGAAGCCGACGUCAGCGGCCACCGGCGACCUCGUCCGGGUCAUCAGGCGGUUCAUGGCCACGGAGAGGGAAGCAGCCUGCUGAGAAGACCGAUCGAGUGGCUGUCGUGCAUGGAGGUUAUCUCACUUUCUUUUUUAGAAGAAUCGUGGAGGUUAUCAUUUCUGCGUCGUGUCGUCUACAUUUUGUAUGUCCUCCUCUUGUCUCAUGCCCACAAUAAUCGCAACGAUUUGUCACAUUGCCGUUGUCGUGGUUUGCGU